AUGGCCCCAGCCCUGACCAAGCUCUCCAAAGACGCCCACGGAAUCCACUUGGCGACCACUCUCGCCCUCAACAACAUGGAUGCAGAGGGGGCAAUGCUCAACAUGGAGUGUGAUCCUCAGUUGAACCUGAAGGAGGGCAGCUAUGCUCAGAGGGUGUAGCUCAACCUCUCCUCUCCGCCCUGUCUGGACACUUUUUGCUCUGGCACGAGUCCCCUUGAGGUUUCAGAGUCACUCCUGUCCCCUUUGCUACGGGCCUCGGCUGGACAGUACAACACAGUGCUUCUCUCCAGCCCUGGUUCCUUGUGCAACCUCCUGUUCCUCAACAAAAACCUGAAGAAUUCCCUGGCGGCCUGUCCAAGUGCACAAGACAUGUAUUUUGUUCCGGUCACUGAACACAAUAGCCACGGUGUGGUUCAGCAGCGGUGUCAGCACAGUGGCCAAGGACCAGAUGGCUAUGAUAUCCCCCAGUCACCUACAAAACACUGCCAGGGGGAUCUCAUGUCCCAGUACAACUCUGCUGUCCCCACACCCGGCAUAGCGAGGCAGGAGGGGGGCACCAUCAGCACAGACACAGCUCUAGCCCAGCUAUGGACCAAAAACUAUCUCUCCCAACAAGCAGCCCUGUUAGGACAGGCUGGGUGGAUCCAGAGGAGACUCCAGGCUCUGCUAGGGGACCACCUUUCUAGCCACUGCAGCCUCCAGCUGGAGGGUCUAAAGAAGAGGCAGGGCAGGGAGACCCCGGGUCCCCCCUCACCCCCAGCUGACACCAAACCCUUUGAUCCAGCCAUGGGGCAGAGACCGACCGGUACACAGAGCCACAGGACCCAGGCGCCUGCCCUACUGCAAACCUUCUCAGUCCCAUCCUCUUCUAAACACAUCCAGGAGUUUGCCAGCUGUGCCCAGGCUGUGCUGCGCACAGUGCAUGAGGCUGUAGACUCUGAUGUCACAGAGAGCAGCUCAGGUGAAGAAUUGGAGCCUGAGCAGAAAUGGGGGACCAGGUCUUGACCAGUUAGGCAUGGGGGUGAGUGGAGGUGGCAGAAGGAGAGGGCUGAGGCGGGCAGCAGGUGGACCUGGCUACAGCUACGUGUGGCAGAGCUCGAGGGACGCAUCCAACAGCUGGAGGACCUGCACAAACAGAUCACCUUCACCAAGGUAAGGCCCAGGGGGGGGGUGAUCUUGGCAGAGUCGCAGCUGUUUACGGACAGGCAAAUCCAGCAGACGUUACUAACGGAGAUAGCAGGGCUGUCGUUCAGGGCGGGGGGAAUCGCUAGAGACCCUCCCUCCGACAUGGAGAAUGAACCCAGCAGCCCCACACGCCUCCUCAGGAACAUACAGAGACAGGCCUCCCUCUCCUCCUCCCUCUGUCCCACCUUUGUGUCCUGUGACCCCCUGGCCCUGUGUUCUGACCCAGCCUGUUCCUCCGGCAGCACCCUGAUCUCCAGGACCAGUGGCUUUAGGACACACCCUGUUCUCUCUCUCUCCUCAGAUUGUAGCCACAAGCAGCAUGGGAGGAACCGGAGGGGAGUGGCCAGGGGUGUGUCACCUGUCAGAUGGGCGGGAUCUGCUCAGACCCCACACAGGAAGGCUUAUUGUGGAGGGAGGAAGAGGAGACACACCCACAAGACCAUAGAAGAUGAGGAGGACCUCUUGUCUCAGCUGUCAGACACUGAGGACAGUCCAGAUGAGAGCCUGGAGGAUGCCGUUACACCCCAGACUUCACACACACACAAACGGGAUUCAAUCCGCAGACGUUAGAGAGAGAGUGUUUACAACAUUGACAAUGUCCCCAUGUCCCUGGCUGCCACUACCAAGUUAGAGAAACUUCACUACAAAGACAUUAUAACACCCAGCUGGAGAGUGGUUGAUAACCCACCCCUGGAAGAGAGAGAGAGACAGGAGGAGCUGCUGUGUGACGAGAUCUUUUCCCAGAGGCAUCUGGGGUGUGAAAAGAGAGAGAAACUCCACUGGACCUCCUGCGAUAAGAGCAGAUGCUACAGACGCACCACCAGAUCUGGCAGUAGGAACGAUGGACCAGGUGUUUCUGUAUGGGACUCUGCUGUCAGGGAUGACAUCAGAGGUGACAUGAGCACUCACGUGGACCGGAGCUGCAGUCUGGACACGGACGCAGACAGAGCCUUAGAGGAGUGGGUGCCUCGACUCCCAUGGGAGAGCCGUGUGUUCCCGCUGUGUGAGGAUGAGGCUCUAAGGUGUCAUGAAGAGGAGCAGCAGGAGCCUCGCUGGGAGGAAAGGGAGAAGGCAGAUUCCACCAGCAGCACAGAUGACAGCAGCAGCUCUGUCCAGUCACCCCCAUUCUCAGCCUUGUCCAGUACAUCACCACCACCUGCUGGAGACGAUGAGAACAACACACUUACUGCAGUCACCUGAAACGACUUGGCUUUACCAUGGCAAAGAUCCUUUCAGGAGUUUAGGAUACCCAAACGGACCCAAAGGGACAGAGAUACAAGAGGAGGCCUGAACUCCCUGGAGUAGAUGUCGCACAUUAUGUGUACCUCAUUUUAAUGUACACUUGUAUUUUAUUUGGGUUCAAAUGUUUUGGAGUGUUCUUUAUUUAUUUAAAACAUUGUGAUUUGUUUCAUUCCUUUCAGUUCCUCUGCUGUAUUUUAAGGUUUUGGAUGGGAUUGUGUUGGACAUUCAACAUGUAGACAUUUAACAUUUUUAAAGUUACCCUGACCUGCAUUCAUAUUGAAGAUCUGUGUACCAGUGCACAAUCGAUCGUAACCUUGGCUGACAAUGUACCAUAGUAUGUAAAUAGUUGUUGCCUGUUAUUUAUUUUACGUUUCAAGACGUGUCUGAUAAUGCAAUCUUAACCUAUAGUUUUAUAUACACUACCGUUCAAGACUUUGGGGUCACUUGGAGAUGUCCUUGUUUUUGAAAGAAAAGCAAUUUUUUUGUCCAUUUAAAACAACAUCAAGUUGAUCAGAAAUACAGUGUAGACAUUGUUAAUGUUGAAAAUGACUAUUGUAGCUGGAAAUGGCUGAUUUUUAAUGAUAUAUCUACAUAGGCGUACAGAGGCCCAUUAUGAGCAACUAUCACUCCUUUGUUCCAAUGGCACGUUGUGU